UUUCUUUCUGAGGGGGAGCUCCGUCUUUAGAUACCGGCCUGCCGUUUCCAUGGCAACCCCACCCAAACGAAGCCGGGGCAGCGUGAAGAAGAUCGCCAUCGAGGGCAAUAUAGCCGCAGGCAAAUCUACCUUUGUGAAUAUUCUCAAAAAAGCCCGAGAAGAAUGGGAAAUUGUUCCAGAGCCAGUGGCAAAAUGGUGCAAUGUUCAGGACAGCCAUGAUGACUGUGAGGAGCUGACGGCCUCCCAAAAGAGUGGUGGAAACCUCCUUCAGAUGAUGUAUGAAAAGCCAGAGAGAUGGUCCUUUACUUUUCAAGCCUACGCCUGUCUGAGCAGAAUCAGGGCUCAGCUCAAAUCUCUUGAAGGGAAACUAAAAGAAGCUGAGAAUGCUGCGGUUUUCUUUGAGCGAUCAGUUUACAGUGACAGGUACAUCUUUGCAUCCAAUUUAUAUGAAUCUGAUUGUAUGAAUGAAACGGAAUGGACUAUUUAUCAAGACUGGCACAACUGGAUAAAUCAGCAGUUUGGAUCAAGCCUGGAACUGGAUGGCAUUAUUUAUCUCCGAGCUACUCCUGAAAAAUGCUUGGAUAGGAUUUACAUCCGCGGAAGGGAUGAAGAACAAGGCAUUCCCAUAGAAUAUCUGGAGAAACUCCAUUACAAGCAUGAAAGCUGGCUCCAGUAUAGGACAUUACGAACAGAGUUUGAAUACUUGCAAGGGGUACCCGUUCUAACGCUGGAUGUAAAUGAAGAUUUCAAAGGCGACAGAGACAAGCAUGAAAAUAUGAUUGAGAAGGUCCAAGAAUUUCUGAGUACACUAUAGCAUUUCCAGAAAUCUAACUGAAGCUGAGUGUUCCCAGCAUUUGGAUCAUUUAUUUGUUUUACCAAUGCUGAUUUUGCUUAACCAAGUUCAACUAUAUUGUAUGGUUAAAUAUUGCUAGGAUCUGAUUUUCUGUCUGCUGUGUGUCCAGGUUCCUUAGGUGAAAACUUUGCUGGGCAUGAACAUUUGUUGCCAAAAAUUGCUGAAGAGGGGACUUCUGUGAACAUCCAUCACAUUCUUAUAGCAUGAAUGAAAUACUUCGCUAAAUGUAUUGAUGUCUCUGCAAUUAGCGGAGGAUAUGUCAGAUUUCAUCACACAAUGAAUCAUCUCUAUUUUAAUUUUUAAUCUGUAUUCCUGUGGGUUGAUAUAGGGCAGCAACUCCCCACUUAUAAGCUGGAGAUAAAAAGGUUUCCAAGCUUGCAUUUGACCCACAAUUGUAUCAUUAAGUAACAGUGAAACAAUUUUUUUGUAGCUUGAUGUAAGUUAGCAAAAGGCUGUCAUAGAUGAAUUAUAGAUAAUCAGAAACAGAUCAUUUUAAAGCAGAAGCAUUUCCCUGGAGCGCGGAUACAAGUGUCGGGUAAGCGAUGAAAGCAGCCAGUCAUUCUUUUCUAUAAGUGUUGUCAUGUUGCAUACAUUGUUCAAAAGGAACACAACUUGCAUUGUGGUGGUUUAGCGCUGCUUGUGUCAAGUGAUUAUAUAUUUU